CGGUUUAAUAGAAUCAAAGAAACACAAAACAAAACAAAAAAGAAUCAGUGAAGAAGCAAAAAAAGAAAAAAAAUGGAACAAUCUCAGCGAACAACAACAGUCGCUGCUGCAACGCCUUCGUCAUCACGAUCUUACCAAUUCCACCCUGCUCGUGCUGCUAUCAUUGAUCUCUUCAAUCUCUACUUAGGGAGAGGAAGCCGUCCUAAGCCCGAUGAGUCCCUCCGAGAUCCUCCGAACAAAUCACAGAAGCGUGUUCAUGCUCCCAACAGAGACUUACCCCCAAGAAACGAGCAAUUUAUAUUGGAUUUUGAGCAGCUUCAAACCCAAUUCAAUGAUCCAGAGCAAUUGAGGACGAUUACGGAGUCAGUUUUGAUACCUUUGGUUGUGCAAUGUAGCAACCAUGCGCCUCGUGCUGAGUUUCUUCUCUUUGCAUUGCGUACAUUGUGUAGGAUUAGUUAUAUCAAUUGGGAUACUUUUUUACCAUCCCUUCUCUCUUCGGUUUCUGCUGCUGAGGCGUCCAUAACACAAAGUGCUCAAGCUGCUGCAGCAGCGGCUGGUUCUUCUGCUACUUCUUCACAGUCUUUAGUUCCUGUAUCUGCGAAUGCUAUCGCUAGCUCGUCGAAUUAUCAUUCCGCUUAUCCAACGUCAUUGUUGCCUGCAGCUCAUGGUAUUGGUUCUCCAUCACCUUCAGGGAAUGAGCCGGGAAUGUCUUUCCCACAGGUUAGAUCUUUGGAGAAUGGGCAGCAGAUGAUUGCAAGGGCAGGCCAGAGUGUAAGAGAGAAUGCUAUGAGAAACAGUCAACGGAUUAGAGCUGCUGCUAUCAACAGUCUCCGUCAGCUCAGUUGCAAGAUUAUCUUGAUUGGUGUUGAAUUUAAUCUCAAACCUGUUACUCAUGCCGAGAUUUUCCAGUACAUGAUGAAUUGGCUUGUGAACUGGGACAAGAGAGAUCUGGGAACUGAGGACUCUGCAGGAAAGUCGUGGAGAUCUGAGAAGACUUUAGCUGAAUGGUUACGGAGUUGUUUGGAUGUGAUCUGGCUGUUGGUAGAAGAGGGCGUGGAGCUUGUGAUGACUGCGUUGAAUUCAGAUGCUAAAAAGGUGGAGACUACUAGGAAGAUCUUAUCAUUUCACAGGGAAGACAGAAAUUCUGAUCCCAAUAAUCCUCAGAGUGUGUUGCUUGACUUCGUAAGCAGUUGUCAGAAUCUACGGAUUUGGUCACUAAGCACAACGACUAGGGCAUACCUAAACAAUGAACAGCUGUUGAAGGGAAAGCAGAUCGAUGAGUGGUGGAGAAGCAAAGGGGAGCGCAUGAUGGAUUAUAUGAAUAUGGAUGAUAGGUCGAUUGGCAUGUUUUGGGUUGUUUCCUACACCAUGGCACAACCAGCAUGUGAAACAGUUAUAAAUUGGUUAUCUUCAGCUGGCAUGGCUGAGUUGCCGGGAUUACAGCCAAACGACAGAGUAAUGAUGACGCAGGAAGUGACACCGUUACCUAUGUCAUUGCUAUCUGGCUUUUCAAUGAACUUGUGCUUGAAAUUGGCCCUUCAGAUGGAAGAAGCUUUGUUUGUUAGCCAGGUUGUUCCUAGUAUUGCAAUGGUUGAGACAUACACAAGAUUGCUGCUGAUAUCCCCUCAUUCGAUGUUCCGUUCGCAUUUCAGUCAAUUGGCCCAGCGAAAUGCUUCUCUGCUAAGCAAGCCUGGGGUGACGUUGCUUGUUCUUGAGAUUCUGAAUUAUCGUUUGCUUCCGCUCUACAGAUACCAAGGAAAGAGUAAGACUUUAAUGUACGAUGUAACUAAAAUAAUCUCUGCAUUGAAAGGAAAACGUGGUGACCACCGUAUAUUCAGACUAGCUGAAAACUUGUGCAUGAAUCUCAUUUUAUCACUCAGAGACUUUUUUUCUGUGAAACGGGAGGGAAAAGGUCCAACUGAAUUCACUGAAACAUUAAACCGCAUAACCAUCAUGACUCUUGCUAUCACGAUCAAAACACGUGGUAUCGCUGACGCUGAUCAUUUAGUUUAUCUGCAAACCAUGUUGGAACAAAUACUCGCGACGAGUCAGCAUACAUGGUCAGAGAAGACGAUGCGACAUUUUCCAACCCUUCUCCGUGACACUUUGGUUGGACGGGUAGACAAGAGGGGCCUAUCAAUUCAAGCGUGGCAACAGGCUGAAACAACUGUGAUAAACCAGUGCACUCAGCUUCUCUCACCAUCUGCUGAACCCGCGUACGUUGUGACAUACCUCGGUCACAGUUUUCCUCAACACCGCCAGUAUCUAUGUGCUGGUGCUUGUCUGCUGAUGCAAGGCCACGCUGAUAACAUCAACAGCGCAAAUCUGGCACGGGUUCUGAGAGAAGUUUCUCCUGAAGAAGUCACUGCUAACAUAUACACUUUGGUCGAUGUUUUGCUUCACCACAUUCAUGUAGAUCUUCAGCAAGGACAAUCUUUAGAGGCAGUUCUAGACAAGGCAGGCGCAAAUCUUGCAUUUUUCUUCUGGACACACGAAAUGCUUCCUCUCGACAUUUUUCUUCUAGCGCUCAUUGAUCGUGAUGAUGAUCCGCACGCCUUGAUAAUUGCAAUGAGCUUACUUAAAACGCCAGACCUUCUGCUGAGGAUUAAAAACUACUGCCAAAACCGUGGGUCUCCUGAGCACUGGCUUAUCACACAGGUGUUCAAACGAAAUGACUUGCAGAAGGCCCUUGGUAACCAUCUUUCUUGGAAGGACAGGUAUCCGACGUUCUUGGAUGAUAUUGCCGCGCGUUUGCUUCCAGUUAUCCCACUAGUGGUGUACAGGCUCAUCGAGAACAAUGCGAUGGAGCAAGCUGAUAAUCUUUUGCUAUUGCACUCGCAUUUUCUAGCUUACCAUCCUCUCAGAUUCACGUUUGUUCGUGACACACUCGCCUAUUUCUAUGGUCAUCUUCCUGGGAAACUUGUUCUGCGCAUGCUCAAAGUACUUGAUCUCAGCAAGAUUCCAUUCUCUGAAUCAUUCCCGCAGUACAUUAGCCCAGCCGGUGCCGCUGUAUGCCCACCUCUAGAUUACUUCGCCACUCUUCUGCUUAAUCUCGUAAACAACGUUAUACCUCCACUUAGCAGCAGCAGCAACUGCAGCUCGAGGUCUGGCUCAAUGGCAGACAUCUUAAACAGCUCAGCGAGACCUCCUCAUGGAAAAACUCCAGGAACAUCUCAGCCUGGACCAGCAAACGCCUCUGAGGGCCAGAAAGCAUUCUAUCAGAUACAGGAUCCAGGAACUUACACUCAAUUGGUUCUUGAGACGGCCGUGAUCGAGAUCCUCUCGCUUCCCGUCUCCGCUGCUCAGAUUGUCUCUUCGCUUGUCCAGAUAAUUGUCAACAUACAAUCGACUCUCAUUCAAUCUGGAAACGGGUUCCAGGGCGCUGCAAACGGGGUGGGGCAAGGUUCAGUACUGCCUACGUCUCCCUCAGGAGGGAGCACGGACUCCAUGAGCGCUGGCCGGUCCACUUGUCUGAUUCCUGGUAUCAACACGGCGAGCUUUGUCUCUAGAAGCGGUUAUACAUGUCAGCAACUGUCGUGUCUGUUGAUUCAAGCUUGUGGGCUCUUGUUGGCUCAGCUCCCUCCGGAUUUUCACACGCAGCUUUACUCGGAGGCAUCACGUGUGAUAAGGGAAACAUGGUGGCUUAAGGACGGGACGAGAUCACAAGGUGAAAUAGACUCGGCUCUUGGAUACGCUUUGAUGGAUCCUACAUGGGCUGCUCAGGACAACACCUCUACUGCCAUAGGAAAUACAGUCGCCUUGCUUCAUGCUUUCUUCAGCAAUCUCCCACAAGAAUGGCUUGAUGGCACGAAUAACAUCAUCACGAAUCUCCGACCUGUGACAUCUGUUGCAAUGCUCAGAGUUGUAUUCCGUAUUAUGGGGCCACUGCUUCCGAGGCUCGCCAACACACAUACGCUCUUUAACAAGACGCUAGCCCUUCUCUUAAGCGCAUUGGUCGAUGUGUUUGGAAAGAACGCACAGACAACAGCCCCUGUUGAAGCAUCCCAGAUUGCAGAUCUUAUUGAUUUCUUACACCAUAUUAUUCACUACGAGGGACAAGGGGGAGCUGUUCAAACUAACAGCAAGCCGAGACCAGACAUCUUGGUGUUAAUCGGAAGAGUAGCAGAUUCUCUCCGACCAGAUGUACAGCACCUUCUCGCUCACCUCAAAACCGACCCCAAUUUUUCUAUAUACGCAGCUGCUCAUCAGAAUACUGCAAAGACCAACACCUCUUAAUAAAGCACUCAGAUGAUGAUAAUGUGUGCCCUGGGUGGAGAUAAAGUCGUAGAGCAAUAGAAGCACAGAAGAUUGUUUAUUUCACAUCUGGUAAAUUUGGUUCAUGGUCUACAACUUGUUUUGUUUAUAUUGUGUAUAUAACAUUUUGUUUCUCUUAUUUAUGAAAUUUAGAAUUUAAACUAUCUUUAGAUGAUAAAGCGGCCUUAAGUAAUUUAAAUACUUUAUUUUGACAAAGUGUUGUAAUGAAUUUGGAUGAUAUAAUUCAUAAACUUAUAUAAA